AUGUUUUCUAAAAGUUCUUUAUAUUUACAAGAUAAUAGUAUUAAACAAUACAAUAAUAAUCAUAAUUCUCUUUUAGUUUUUUAUAAUGCAUAUCUUUAUUAUAAUAAUAAUAUGUAUGAACAACAUCGUUCUGAUCAAAGAAGUUCAACUUCAAAUUAUUAUCAAGAAAAAAAACGAAAAGAAUCAGAUUUAAAAUUAAAUAAAUCAAAGAAAAAAUCUUCGAAAUCUGAAUUUGAUGAUGCACGAUUAUUUUGUGAUGAUUGUAAUAAAUUUUAUGAUAAUAUUUGUCCAUAUCAUAAACAAUCUUAUAUUCCUGAUAAAAAAAUAUCAAAAUCUUUAAUUAAACAUUCACAACGAUUAUCUGAUCUAACUUGUCCAGAUGGAAUUAUUAUAAAAUCAUCAACUAUAUUGAAAGCAGGCAAAGGUGUAUUUGCAACAAAAAGAUUUGAAAAAAAUACUUUCUUUGGACCUUAUAUGGGUACACGUCAUUCAAAUUUUAAAAGUGCACAAGAAUCAGGUUAUGCUUGGAGUAUUGCAGAUAAAUAUGGAAAGAAAAAUAAUUUUAUUGAUAAUCUUAUUGUUUUUUAUUUUCUUCAAGGUCCUAAUACAGUUGAACAACAAAAUUUACAACCUAUUCAAUAUGAUCGAAAUAUGUUCUAUAAAACAAUGAGAACAAUUCGUCCAGGAGAAGAAUUAUUUGUUUAUUAUGGAGAUGAUUAUGCUCGUUUUCUUGGUAUUAGACCCUUUAGUAUGAACAUAAUACAAAAGAAUAUUGAUGAUAAUCAUAAUAUCAAUGAUAAUGAUUAA